GAAGCCAUCUUUCUUUCUGCUUCUGUCAUUUACGUGAUCCGUGUGGUUAUUUAGAUACAAAAUGCAAAACGACGCUGGUGAAUUUGUUGACUUAUACUGCCCGAGGAAAUGCUCGGCCAGCAAUCGCCUUAUCCACGCUAAGGACCAUGCGUCCGUGCAGCUGGUGAUCGCUGACGUCGACCCGGCGACCGGCCGCGCCGCAGACACCUCCAAGAUGUACGUCAUCUGUGGAGCCAUCAGGCGGAUGGGAGAGUCAGACGAUUGUAUAGUCAGACUAACCAAGAAAGACGGCAUAUUGAUCAAGAACUACUGAUGUAGUUAUGUAAGAAGCGCUAUUUUGUAAGACAAAAUAAAAAAAUUAAAAAGCCAAAGAA